AUGGGGAGACUCAGCAGACAAAAGGGGGCGGGCGGGGCCUCCCGGGGCACGGAGCUGCGCUCGGCGUUACAACUCGCACAAUCUCGGCUUUACGACUUGCACCCGUUCGGGUCGCAGAGAGUAGUGCCCUGCAAGCAGGAGCCGGCGCAGUUCUGCCGCGGCCGCGACGUGCUGUUCGUGGCCAGCGCGGCGGCCAGCUGCGGGGUGGAGGUGUUCGCCGUACGCCGCGAGGGCCGCUGCGAGCCCUUGGGCUCCUUCGCCACCCUGGGCCCCGUGCUGCGCAUGGCGCACAGCCGUGCAGGUAUAAAAGAUGAAGACCUUGCAGCUCAUAGUUUGCAGCUUGAAUUAGACGAGUUUGUCAUAUGUCAGAAGCCAGUGGAACUGCUUGGGGAAGAAAGUAAGCUUUGUAAGAUACCCAUCACACUUGAGUCCACAGAGUUGUCUACAGAAGGCAAAAAGCACUUUCAAGUGCAGUAUCUCCUUUUCAGGCGUUUUACACCAGACCAGUCCCCUUUUGGCUUUUGUGAAGAGACGAAGCUGCACUCUGUUCAGUUCCUCCCUGUUUACCAGACAGGUAAGCGCACAUGUGGGGCAAAUGAGGAAACUGAGAAGAGAGAACUACUGAGUCUCUUCUGCUUUUUUUCUUUGCCUCAUGUUGGAUAUCUCUACUCUGUUGGGAAGUUAGUAGAACUGAUUUCUACUUACCAGUACUCGGAGAGGUCAGAGCAGGCAGUUCUUACUCCACAGUUCCUGCAUGUCAUUACAAGCCUCCAGUGUUACACAGUGCGGUGCAGUGCAGCAGCAGCUCGCGAUGAAGAUCCAUGCAUUGAUACAACUGUGAAGGCUUGUCCACCAGUCACAUUGGAUGUCUGCACGUUACGAAUGCAGCUUUUUAUAGGGCCAAGAGCUAUCUGUCAUUACAAAAACCAUAUAAUUCUUCUGACUAAGGCUGAUACUGAAGAUAUUACUGAAAGACGAAAGCCUUCAAGAAGGAUGCUUUCCAGAAAGGCUGAUAACAACAGAUCCAGAACCAUUUCUGAGUUGGAGCCUGGCUGGAAUUUGUAUAUUAUAAACACUGUUUCAACCAUCCAACUUUACAGAGAAAUGGUAGAUUAUAGUAGAACUUAUGAAAAUGUAAGAACUGAGACUUGCAUCCAUCUCCUAAGUGAGGCUCACUUACUAGUCAGAGCACCAAUAAUGGACCCUAGUUUCUUUAAAUCAGAUGACAAAGAAGAACUUCUGAGAGCAUUCAGAGAAAGUUGUGCCUUCUUAGGAGACUGCUACAGCAGGUUUGACACAAAGGAUUACCACCUGGCUUUGCCAUACUACCGAAUGUCAGGUUUGUCUGUGGCUGAAGUUUUGGAGCGGCUAGCUUCAGAAAGUGAUGAAAUACAGACCUAUGAAAGAGGGUUAAUAUUUUAUUUAACUCACUCUCUUAAUGAAGAGUUAAAUGAAGAAUUAAGCAAGGAAUUGGCAGAUAAAGUUCUCCGAAUAUUCUAUCUUGCUGACCCUAUGCAGCUGCCUCAUAUCAUCUGCAGUCCCUGCAUGAAGAAUGUAUGUCCUCUUACAGCUGUGAAGUAUCUUUGUAAAGUGGAAGACAUUAUGCCAUCAGUGGUCCUUAUGCUUACUAAGGCUUUCAUGGCUCUGAAAAUGGGAGACCUUACGAUGUACGAACGUGAGAUGAACUCCCACAAAGAGGUAAGGUAUACCAAGAGCAUGAAUUAUCCACUUUUUGUAAAUCCCAGGUCGAUGGGUUGUCUUGUGGUUGUAUUUUACAGUAAAAUAACCUUUCAGUUGCUUCUCUUUCUCCUCAUUUUCUGUGUAGGUUCCACUUGGUGUUCUGAAGUCACUGACCCAACACGCAGUUUGGACCUGGACCUCUUAUUGAGGGUUACUUAUCAGUAUGUUUGGAGGAUAUCAAAGAAGCAACUCCCUGAGACUAAACCACUGAAAACAACAGAGGAUCUGAUAAACUCCUGUGAUCAUUUUGGGUCCAUUUUCCCAUGGGUUACUUUCAUAAUGUCAAUGGAAUCUCCACUUGAUAAAGAUUGUCCUGAAGAUAUUUCAAAGCUACAGUCCAUUUUAUGUGGUCAGUCAAUAGAUACAACUGCAGCUCUGCCUAUCCUGGAGCCUCUGGCAGAGGCUGGCAAUGUUGGCCUCACCGUUCGUGUUCUCUGCAGUACCCGUCUGGGCAAGCACGAGGAGUCCAUUGACCAGCUCCUCAGACAGUGUCCUGCUGCUGCUGUGUUGUACGCUCAGCAUGAGCUGAAAGAUGACAGUCGGGCUGUAUUGUGGAACAAGCUGCUCCCAGAACUUUGUGAGAGAACCAGACUUACCAGAAGUGACUGUCCUGUUCUUAUUUCAUCACUAAAAGAAAUCCUAUCAGUAGUUGCAAUGGAACUGGAACUAUGGGAUUUCCUUAGUCUUCUACCAGAAGAUGGAACCGCACCAUUUUUCCUGCCACAUCUUCUUCACUGUAGCCAAAGGAAACAACUGAUGUGGACACAAUGAAAGUAAGCCUAUGCGUUCACAUACCAGGAAUGUGCUGGAAUAAAAAAAGAGCAUGAAGGAGUAGUAUGUAAGAAACAGCUCUGUGCAUCUGCCUGCACAUAAAUCACCUUCUUUUUGAGUUAAAACCUUAUGGCAAUAAUUGAAUGAUGGCUGUUAUUUGUGGGAGAGCAUUGCUUUUGAAGCUAAUAGUAUUAUACUUUAAUAAAGGUUGGCAAACUAGAAAAGUUCCUGAACUGAGUAAGUGUUGGCCAAUUUAAAAAUAAGGUAUUCAGAGGUGAUUCUUAAAGGCCAAAACAUCUGAAAAAAAAAUAAACACAAAAGGAACUGUACAAUGCAACCUGACAAACUCUGUUUGCUGAAAGUCAACUGGGUCUUAAUUGUGUGCUAACUAGUUAGGUCACUGGCCUAGGGAGGAACUGGAGCUUAGCUGCAUCUUUAAUUGUAUAAGUGCCUAACACUUCAAAGUAGAACUGGGCUACUUAAGUUUGAAUUCCUUUGAAUUCCAGCUGGAAAAGCUGGUUAACAGUUCUACCCUCUGACACGUGUUUGAGUAAGUGAUCUAUUGUAAAACACUUUUAUUUAGCAGUUAGUGGGAAAAGGCCAUACAUUAAAGAGAUGGAAAUGUUCCUAAGUAGGGUGGAUGAUACAGACUACUUCUUCCUUUGUGUUUUUUUUUUUUUUCUGCUGUGCUCAGCUGGUACUGAGAUGUAUUUCAAGUAUCACUUGAAGUAUCUUUAAGUAGACACUUCAAGUAUCACUAGGUCACAAAUCUGGAUGAAAACUGUUUCUUCCAGGUCUGCUGGUGAGUCCCUUGUGUCUAUGUACUGAUACUUGUCUUUCUUUUGGACAGAAUACAUCCUGCGUUGUUCCAGCUGGAAUUUAGUCAUAAUAAACUUUGACCUUCUUAGGUAUAGUGUUCUUUGGGACUUUAUAAUCCCAUAAACAGCUGAAGGCCUUAUUAGAGGACAUUGACUCUGUGAAACCAAAUUUCACUGAAGCAGUAAUACCAAGGGUUAAAGUAAAGGUCAGGUAGAAGAGAUCCCCUACAUCUGAAAUAAAUCAUUGAUGAAACAAAAAGUAGUUUAAUUUCCUUGUAGUAUGUUUGCUACAGCCAAAAGUAUUUAUUUAAUUUACUAGUAGGAAGCCCUCUGGCUGUGGUAGAUGCUUUCUGCUUUUCAAAAGAAAAAAAAAAAAGCUAAAGAUACAGAGAACAAACUUUGUUUAUUCUGUAGCAGUAAAGCCUGACUGUUUUGCUUUACCUGACUGUCUGAUCCAUUACUGCAGUUGUCUGAGGUAACGGAUGAAAUAAGGCUAAAGCAAGAGCUGGCUGCUGCUGCAGCAAAAUGAGACCCCUGCAGUGGUAUUUAGAAUACACAGGGGCAGAGCUAUUAGGUACAUUCACUGUAUCUUACCUUCGCAGGGUCAGGCUUGUGUUCACCUAACUUUUGUCUCAAGACGUGUUUUUCUGUUGUGAAAAUAAUUAUUUAAUGAGUUACCCAUUACAUCUUUUAAGUUCACUUUCUUGAACGACAUCACUGGAUAAAACUAUAAUUCAAUAACCGAUAGUUAACAUGAUAACCAAAUUCUAAUUGUCCAU